AUGGCUGCCGUCGAAAACGGAGCAGGCCAAUUAGCAAAUCAAUUAGCAAACACUCAUAUCAGCUCUCAUGAUGGUUCCGACUGGAAGAAGAGCCUAAAACUACCCACUCCAGACACAAGGCCACAAACCGAGGAUGUCACAAACACCAAAGGCAAUGAAUUCGAAGACUACUUUCUCAAACGUGAACUCUUGAUGGGCAUAUUCGAGGCAGGCUUUGAAAGGCCGUCUCCCAUCCAAGAAGAAUCAAUACCCAUCGCUCUCACUGGUCGAGAUAUCCUGGCCAGAGCAAAGAACGGAACUGGUAAAACAGCUGCUUUUGUUAUUCCUGUAUUGGAAAAAGUCAAUGUACAGAAGAAGGCCAUACAAGCCUUGAUUUUGGUGCCAACACGAGAACUGGCGCUACAAACAUCUCAAGUUAUAAAGACCAUUGGAAAACAUAUGAACGUUCAAGUUAUGGUAACCACUGGAGGUACCACAUUGAAAGAUGAUAUUCUGAGGCUAGGACAAACAGUACACAUAUUGGUUGCAACACCAGGCAGAGUUCUAGACUUGGCUGGCAAGGGCAUCUGUGAUCUGAAGGAAGCCAGCAUGCUAGUCAUGGAUGAGGCUGAUAAACUGUUGUCUCCUGAAUUCCAACCCAUCAUCGAACAAAUCAUCUCCUUCCAUCCUGAGAAACGACAAAUCCUCUUAUUCUCUGCAACAUUCCCAUUGAUUGUAAAGAGCUUCAAAGACAAGUUCUUGGAGAAGCCAUAUGAAAUCAAUUUGAUGGAAGAGCUAACGUUGAAGGGUAUUACACAAUUCUAUGCAUAUGUCGAAGAAAGGCAGAAAGUCCACUGCCUCAACACCUUAUUUUCGAAACUCCAAAUAAAUCAAUCCAUCAUAUUCUGUAAUUCUACCAGUCGAGUCGAGUUACUGGCCAAGAAAAUCACUGAACUUGGUUACUCGUGCUACUACAUACACGCAAAGAUGUUACAAUCCCAUCGAAACCGAGUGUUUCACGAUUUCCGUAAUGGAAAGACGAGACAUCUUGUCUGUUCUGAUCUGCUGACCAGAGGUAUUGAUAUACAAGCCGUCAAUGUUGUCAUCAACUUUGACUUCCCAAAGAAUGCUGAGACGUAUCUACAUCGUAUCGGUCGUUCUGGUCGAUUUGGUCACUUUGGUCUAGCCAUAAACCUCAUAACAUAUGAUGAUCGCUUCAACCUUUACCGUAUUGAGCAAGAACUGGGAACUGAAAUUGCACCGAUUCCACCGACGAUUGAUCCUGCACUUUACGUUGCUCCAUAA